CCUGGAAACUCAACAUGUGAUCUUAAGCCUUGUACUCUUGAUGCUUCACCUGAUGAUUGUGUCAUGACCAGAGGAGCCUCUUUUGUUUUAAGUUUUGCAUACAAAGCUUGGAUCUUUGCUGCCGUUUACUACUGGCUAUCCUGGGUAUUCUUAGGGACAUUUGUACUAAGCUUUGUUGUUGUGCUGAUUCGUUCUCGGCGCUCAUCUCUUGAAGAGGCAGUGGAUAAGGAUGAUUUUGACGAUAGUGAUGAACCAAUGGUUCGAAUAUAAAAUCAGGAGGAAAUUUAGCUUUUUACAUUUUUUGUUGGCUUUUACAACUUUCUUUUUAGUUGCUAUAGAAACGCUUAUUUAUUAAAGGAUUAAAAAGAUGAGUGUAAAUAAAUGUAUUUAUAAUAUC